CGGUGGAGUCGCGCCCGCGCGCGGUUUAUCUACGUACGCCUGCGCACGCGUCUUUACGAUCGCGACUUUAUAUUGUUUUCUUGACAAUUAAAAUCAAAUUAUUGGAUUGACAUUGUAAUGAUAAAGGGCCAGAAUAAAUACAUCAUUGGAGAUCUUAGGCAGAAAGUGGAGAUUAAAGCCACGGAGAUAGAAGAGAAAUAGAGUAAUCAAUAUUCAUAUUAGAAAGAGAAGCUAAAUAUCACGGAGCAGAACAAGAACAAUACAUUAAAAAAUACUAAGGUUAAAGAAAAUGGGUCAAAUAGAGAAGAUGGAACAAAAACAAACGCCGUCGACCUUCGGCCCGGGGGAGACUUGGAGAAUCCUCAAAAACGUAGUCGUCAUCAGCAUUGCUUUUAUGGCGCAGUUCACAGCUUAUAGCGGAGCUGCGAAUCUUCAGAGUUCCAUCAACGCCGAGGCUGGUCUGGGCACGGCUUCUCUGGCUGCUGUCUAUGUGGGACUUGUGUUCUCCAAUAUAUUCCUACCUGCUGUGGUCAUCAAGUGGUUAGGCACAAAAUGGGCGAUAUCCCUGUCGUUCGUGACCUACAUGCCGUAUAUCGCCGCCCAGUUGUACCCUCGUUUCUACACCCUCAUACCAGCCGGCUUGUUCGUCGGCUUAGGAGGCGGCCCGCUCUGGUGCGCUAAAUGCACUUAUAUUUCUGUUGUUUCAGAAGCUCACAGCAGUAUUUCAAAAAUCAAUGCAGAAGCGCUUCUAGUGCGUUUCCUUGGAUUAUUUUUCAUGAUUUUCCAAAUGAAUCAAGUUUGGGGCAACCUCAUCUCAUCACUGGUUCUGUCGUCUGGGAACAACACAGCGGCGGUGACCGCGGUCAACGCUAGCAUGAUUCCGGAGCUAUGCGGGGCUCACUUCUUGCCGAGCGCCGACGCCGCAGAGGCCUUGCAGCCGCAACCGCCGGAGAAGAUACAGAUGAUCGCAGGUAUUUACCUGGCCUGCAUGGCUGGUGCAGCUCUCAUCGUCGCUGUUGGUGUGGACUCUAUGAAAAGAUACGAGGCUUUUAGAAAGCCAUCAGAAGGCGUUACCUCCGGCCUAGGUCUCCUGGCGAUCACUGUAAAACUACUGGUGGAGCCCAAUCAGAUGCUGCUCAUCAUCAUCAACAUCUUUGUGGGCUUGGAACAGGCAUUUUUUGGAGCUGACUUUACGGCUGCGUUCGUGUCAUGCGCCGUGGGCACCGGGACCGUGGGGUUUGUGAUGCUGGUCUUCGGGAUCGCCGACGCGAUAGGGUGUGUCGUCACUGGCUACAUAGCUAAGGUGACUGGUCGCCUUCCGCUGAUGUGCUGUGCCGCGGUGGUACACGUGGGUUUGCUGGUGACUGUACUGACGUGGAGACCCCAAGCAGGAGAGACCCACGUCAUGUACAUAAUAGCGGUGCUGUGGGGCCUUUGCGACUCCGUGUGGAUGGUGCAGGUCAACGCUUAUUAUGGUAUUCUGUUCCCCGGACGAGAGGAGGCAGCAUUUGCCAACUUCAGGCUAUGGGAGUCGAUGGGCUACAUCAUAGCGUACAUCAUUUCUCCAUAUCUCAGAACCAGUGACAAAGCCUACUUGAUCCUCGCCACUUUAAUCGCGGGGGUCUUCGGAUACUUCGUCGUGGAGUAUCGUGAUAGGAAAACUAAAAAGUUUGAUUUUAAUAUUAGAGAGCAUACAGAAGUAAGUGCCGAGAAAGGACAUGAUAACUUUGCGUUCUCAAAGAAUGAAUAAAACUAGUUUUAAGGUAAUUUUUCAGGCCGGUUAUUCUAUGAGUAAAAUAGAUUUUUAGAAAAAAGGGCGACUGAUAUUAUAGCUGGUUUAAUUACUGAUUUCACACAAUUUUUUUUUAUUGUUUGGUUCAUUGAUUAAAUGCAACAUUUGUUAAAAGAUGCAAUGCAUACCUUCUGUUGGAAAUAAACCGUAAAAUCACUGUAUUAUGUAGGUUAUUAACAUUGACUAAAAUGGUAGAUAAAAUGCCAUUGAUUCAAGAUUAUGCAGUUAUAUUUUUAAGCGAAAUUUAAAAAUCAUAUUUCUGAUUAGACCUAAUGAGUUGAAGUUAGUAAGUUUAACCGUGAUAUGAAUUAAUGCAGCAGUAACUAGUGAAAAUAAAAUAAGUCAGCCUUCACUGAUCUCUAUGAGUACAUUUUAGAGAUCAGUGGUCAACCGAAACUUCCUUGUGACAUAAUCACGAUCCUGACGUGUAGUUAUUCAAUUAAGCUGACAAACAUGACAGGCCAUAGUUCCGGCGCGCGGCUGAAAUGACAUGGUGGUCCAAGUACGGUCAUUACAUUGGUAAUGAGUGCAUUAAACAACAGGUUACUAUCAUUCAAUAUUUGCUUUUUGGAGUUCAAGGCAGGCAUUCCAUAGAAAUUUGCGAAUUCUGUGGUCUUUGGGACUAAGGGAAUUUGAGCACAUUCAUCCAGUGCAAGCUUCCAUGCUGGUCUGGUAGCAAAGAAUGAACAUAGUGCCAGUUGCUUCUCAUUCCGUGCAGAUUGUAAAAGUCAACCAAGGGAAAUGCUAAUAAACUUGGGAUUCUUCUUUUAGGCGAUAGGCUACUUAGCCAUCAUUAAGCUUUACAUCUGAACGUUCACUCUUUUCAAGCAAGUUUGUCGGCCCUGUCUAUCAGGGAAAAAGAUACCAUGACACAAUCUGCGCUUCACCUAAUAAAAUUUUAAAGUUAACUUAAAUAAAGUUUCACGUGAAAUGCCAAGAAGAUUUUAAUAUAGACCCAAAUGACUUAGAUAUUUUUGUAUACUUAAUCAUAUAGAUGUAAAAUAAACAUAAUCUUUAUUAUUAACUUUAAUUUUAUCUUUAUGUAAGUGUAAGUGUUAAAAAAGUAUUUUUAAUUAAGUAGGUAC